CUCUCUCUCUCACUCACCGUCCGUCGAUCGUUCUGAAGUAACCAUGCCGCAGGGAGAUUACAUUGACGAGCACAGGAAGAGGUAUGGAUAUCGCCUCGACCACUUCGAAAAAUUGCGCAAGAAGAAGGCGCGUGAAGUUCACAAACACUCCACCAUGGCUCAGAAGUCUCUAGGUAUCAAGGGUAAGAUGAUUGCAAAGAAAAACUAUGCUGAGAAAGCUCUCAUGAAGAAAACAUUGAAAAUGCACGAGGAGAGUUCAUCAAGGCGUAAAGCUGAUGACAACGUUCAUGAGGGAGCUCUUCCUGCUUAUCUCCUUGAUCGUGAAAACUCCAAUCGGGCCAAGGUUCUUAGCAACACCAUAAAACAAAAGAGAAAAGAGAAAGCCGGGAAAUGGGAGGUCCCUCUGCCAAAGGUCCGUCCCGUGGCUGAAGACGAAAUGUUCAGAGUGAUCCGAUCUGGGAAGAGGAAGACAAAACAAUGGAAGAGGAUGGUUACGAAAGCUACAUUUGUUGGACCUGGUUUCACAAGGAAGCCACCAAAGUAUGAGCGUUUCAUUCGCCCGUCUGGGCUGCGUUUCACCAAGGCCCACGUCACUCACCCUGAACUAAGAGUCACUUUCUGUCUUGAGAUCAUCGGAGUCAAGAAGAAUCCUAACGGUCCAAUGUAUACAUCACUCGGUGUCAUGACCAGAGGAACAAUCAUUGAGGUCAAUGUGAGUGAGCUUGGUCUUGUUACACCAGCUGGAAAAGUUGUCUGGGGGAAAUACGCUCAAGUGACCAACAAUCCAGAGAAUGAUGGAUGUAUAAAUGCAGUUUUGCUUGUGUAAUCAAAUCUCCGGCAAUCUCAGGGUGAGAUGGAUAGAGACAAGAGGAAGGCACACAGUUUUGUGUUAUGUCAUCACAUUAAGUAGCUUUUAUAGCUUACUAAGUUAUGAAAUUUUUAAAUUUGUUGUUUUUAAUCCAAGUUGUUAAAUUUGUUGCUUCUUAUACAUUUU